AUGGCUAGAAGACCAAGGAAGCAGAAAUCAGUUGAGCAUCCGAAGAAAGCAAAAGUGGAGGAGAACUACCACCAAGAACCACGACAUCCCGUGACUUUGGGGGAAUUCCUACCAAGCUGGUUUCGCAAUAAGACUGCUCGAGACAACAUUGAGGCAUCAUGCUUCAAUACUGAUAAAGAUGAAGCAAAUGAUGAAAGCCUAUCAACAUUGUCUCUAUCAUCAUCUGAAAAGCCUAUUGAAUCUUCUUCGAAAGAGGUACACACAUGUGAUACAAGAAUCACAUUCACAGAUAACGAUUUUUUACUUGGUGAAACACCACACAAUCGUCCAUUGUACAUGGUGGGCUAUGCCCUCGAGAAGAGGAUAAACAUAAUAUUGAUAAAUGAUGGAUCUGGAGUUAACAUUCUUCCUAUUCGCACAAUGAAGGAACUUGGCAUCACAACUGAAGAACUUUCUGAAAGCCGCUUGAUGAUACAAGGAUUCAAUCAAGGGGGGCAACGAGCCAUAGGUGCUAUCAAAGUAGAUAUCACCAUCAAAGAUUUGCCAUCAAGUGUAUGGAUGCAUGUCAUCGACGCAAAGACUUCGUAUAAUAUGUUGCUUGGCAAGCCAUGGAUACACGAGAACAAAGUUGUCCCAUCCUCCUACUAUCAGUGUUUGAAGUAUCUCGAAGGUAGUGUCAAAAAGAAGAUAGUUGUUGAUGAUAAGCUAUUUACUGAAGCAGAGUCACACUUCGUCGAUGCGAAGUUCUACUUGAAGAACUACAUUAUGAGAGAAGUAAAAGUCGACGACAUCGCAACGACCGACCGUGAGAAGGUCGCAACUAAAAGAGCUGAUGAGACUAUUGGAAAAGCUGGAGUCGAUGCUGAGGUGCCGCACCCCAGCUUUGAUCCAAAUGCUUACAAGUUAUUUGUCAAGGCUGGGCACAACCCCAAUGAGCCUUCAAAGUUAGGGAAAAUUCCAUCAGCAGCUAUCAUGAUGCAAUCACAUAAAGGUUUGGGAUACAAACAACCUCCGCCAGUUUGCAUCUCCAUCAGAAGGACAAGUACCAACCAUAUCACUGUGGAAGAUGAGUCUGUUGCUUCCAACAAAAGGCCUUUAGUGUUUGAUCGUCUUGGAAAGUCGACCACAAAAGCUUCUAUGUUUGAGAGAUUGAGGCCGUUGAAGCUGAAGAAGAAGAGGAAGAACAAGUUCCACAAAGAUUAUCAAAGCGUUAAAAUGCUCGCUUUACCUAGAACCCAGAAGGAUAUACAAAGUUUGAUUCCUUCGAGAAUGAGGCGACAAACAAACCUUAUAGUUUCAUGUGGGGAAGUGCUAAAAGAAAAGUCUCACACCGUGGUGUAUACCAAGGAGCGUGACGAAGAUGAGGAAAGUGUAGGUUCUUCAUAUCAUAUUACUAUACAAAGUGAUCAAGAUACUUCAUUUCAGAUGGAGGUUGCCGAGAAGUUGGAGGACAUCUCCGCGUGUUACCAUAUAUCUUUCAAUGAUAGUGAUUCUCAAGAGAAUGAAGAUGCUAGAGAUGCUCCUUCAGAACUUGAAGAAGGGGUGAAGACCACAGUAGACUCCUUGAAAGAAGUUAAUCUUGGUACUGAUGAAGACCCAAGGCCCACCUACCUAAGUGCUUUUCUAACAGCUAAUGAAGAAGACACUUACAUUGAAAUACUCAAAGAGUAUAGGGAUGUUUUUGCUUGA